GUUCCUCGUGGAAAAAGAACCUUCUAGUUCAUUCAGGAGCUGAAGAACUUCAAGAAAAGGAGAUAAAAAAUGUCCAACCCGGCUCCAGUUUCCAAACCAGGCAAUGCAGAGAACCCGAGGGCUUUCUUCGAUGUAGAAAUCGGCGGUGAAAAAGCGGGCCGCAUCGUGUUCGAGCUCUUUGCUGAUGUUGUCCCUAAAACGGCAGAGAAUUUCCGCGCCCUGUGCACCGGCGAGAAGGGAAUUGGCAAAAGUACUGGGAAACCCCUGCACUUCAAGGGAUGCCCUUUUCAUCGCAUUAUCAAGAAGUUCAUGGUGCAGGGAGGAGAUUUCUCAAAUCAGGAUGGCACAGGAGGCGAGAGCAUCUACGGGGACAAAUUUGAGGACGAAAACUUCUACUAUAAGCACGAUAAAGAAGGCCUGCUGAGCAUGGCCAACGCCGGGCCCAACACCAAUGGCUCGCAGUUUUUCAUCACCACUGUGCCCACGCCUCACCUGGACAGCAAGCACGUGGUGUUCGGGCAGGUGCUGAAGGGCAUGGGCGUGGUCAAGAUGCUGGAAGCCAUCGACACCAAGGAAGAUCAUCCGGUCAAGUCAUGUAUCAUUGCUGAUUGUGGAGAGCAUAAAGAAGGUGAUGACUGGGGCGUGGCUCCUAGUGAUGGCUCCGGAGACGUGCACCCAGACUUCCCUGAGGACUCGGAUGUUGACUUUAACGAUGUUGAUAAAGUCUUGGCCGUGGCGGAGGACAUCAAGAAUAUCGGCAACAACUUUUUUAAAGCUCAGAACUGGCAGGCCGCGAUGAAGAAAUACUCCAAAGCUCUUAGAUAUUUAGAGUUCUGUGGUAAUGUUGUGGAUGAUGAGAGUGCGCAGAAGAAGCUGGAGCCCACGGCUCUGAGCUGCAUCCUCAACACGGCAGCCUGUAAACUCAAACUGCAGCAGUGGCAGGAGGCUGUCGAGAGCUGCGAUGAGGUUCUGGAGCUGAAUCAAACACACGCGAAGGCAUUGUUCAGGAGAGCACAGGCCUGGCAAGGCCUCAAGGAGUUCAAUAAGGCCAUGAUCGACCUGAAGAAAGCACAGGAGAUUGCACCAGAUGACAAAGCUAUUGCAAACGAGAUGCUGAGGGUCAAGCAGAAAGUGAAGGAAGAGAAGGAGAGAGAAAAGAAGAUUUACUCCAAAAUGUUUGCGUAAAUGAGUGUUGGGUAGAACUACAGGAGCUCACAUUUCCCUGGCCAGCAGUCACUAGUGUAGUUGUUGUAUAAGUAAAUGCAGAAUAAUUAGUCAGGGAUCUCAACCAUGGAAAAGAUGACCGAAGAAAAUAAUGUAGAGAAUUGGAUCCAUUAUAGAUCGUAUACAGUACUUAAUCUAUGACCAUGUAAGUCUGACAAUUGGUGUCAUAUAGACUGGACUGUUUGUUUAACUAGAAAGCAGGCCGACCUUAGUUGUUUAUUUAUUUUAAUUCACUGUGAAAAGUAGAUAUAUGUUUGAUUUGUUUUAAGAAAUAAAUAGAUGCUUCAGGUUUAGUGAAA